GGAAUAAGUUCUCCAAGUUAUAAAACCCGUUCAGAUCUUUUCUUUCCAAGCAACUCUUCCUUUACCUUUUUAUCUUCUCCACAUCGUCGGCAAGUACAAGAACCACCACCGCCAGCCGCCACCAAACACCACCAAAGAUGGCCACAACAAUGGUUCUGGAUCCACCACCCACCCUCCCCUUCCCUCACCUACCCUCCUCCUCCGACCCCACCUCCGACGAAGACGACCUCUACAGCCGUCUCAAAUCCCUCCAACGCCAACUCGAGUUCAUCGAGAUCCAAGAGGAGUACGUCAAGGACGAGCACAAGAACCUCAAGCGCGAGCUCCUCCGCGCCCAGGAGGAGGUCAAGCGGAUCCAGUCCGUCCCACUCGUCAUCGGCCAGUUCAUGGAGAUGAUCGAUACCAACAACGGCAUCGUCGGCUCCACCACGGGCUCCAAUUACUACGUGAGGAUUCUGAGCACGAUCAAUCGGGAGCAGCUGAAGCCUUCGGCGUCCGUGGCGCUGCACCGUCACUCGAACGCGCUCGUCGACGUGCUGCCGCCCGAGGCUGACUCGAGCAUCUCGUUGCUUAGCCAGUCGGAGAAGCCCGACGUAUCCUAUAAUGAUAUUGGAGGCUGUGAUAUUCAAAAGCAGGAGAUCCGUGAAGCUGUCGAGUUACCUUUGACUCAUCAUGAAUUGUACAAACAGAUUGGAAUAGAUCCUCCUCGUGGUGUUUUACUGUAUGGUCCCCCUGGCACUGGUAAAACUAUGCUUGCUAAAGCUGUUGCCAAUCAUACAACUGCUGCCUUCAUUAGAGUUGUUGGUUCGGAAUUUGUUCAGAAGUAUUUGGGCGAGGGCCCACGAAUGGUUCGUGAUGUUUUCCGUCUUGCCAAAGAAAAUGCUCCUGCAAUUAUCUUUAUUGAUGAGGUGGAUGCUAUUGCUACUGCUAGGUUUGAUGCUCAGACUGGAGCUGAUAGAGAAGUUCAACGUAUCCUAAUGGAACUCUUGAAUCAGAUGGAUGGGUUUGACCAGACAGUGAAUGUUAAGGUUAUUAUGGCGACUAAUCGAGCAGACACUUUAGACCCAGCACUUCUGCGCCCUGGAAGGCUUGACCGCAAGAUUGAAUUUCCACUGCCUGAUAGACGACAGAAGAGGCUUGUUUUUCAGGUUUGCACUGCUAAAAUGAAUUUAGGUGAUGAAGUUGACUUGGAGGACUAUGUUUCUAGGCCAGAUAAAAUAAGUGCUGCUGAGAUUGCAGCUAUUUGUCAAGAAGCAGGGAUGCAUGCAGUCCGCAAGAACCGGUACGUCAUACUCCCCAAGGACUUUGAAAAGGGUUAUAGAACAAAUGUCAAGAAGCCUGAUACUGAUUUCGACUUCUACAAAUGAUGAUGAGAACUUGAACCUGAUUUGGGCAUUUAGCAUCUACUCCCUCACGGUCUCCCCUCUUCGGUGAGGUCUGCAGGCGUUGCCUCAUCUCUUCUACCAUUUUCCUUCAAGCUGAAAAAAGCAUCUAGGUCGAAUGUUGUUUCUAGGUGUGAACUGAUUUUAUGAUCUUAUGUCUCACAUGCUACAUGAUGUUGUUUCUGAAUGCACCUUUAAAGAGCUUAGCCACCAAAUGGCGUAUCCUGUUUGACAUGCUGAAAUUCUCUCUUUAAAAAACCCUUCCUAUGACAUCUAGAAGUUCUUGGUUGAUGAUUUGCAGCCAUCA